UCCAUGCACUUCCGCUGCUUUUUGGGCUCGCGAUCUAAUAUACCUGUCUAUGCUAGCGAUACAAUUUUCUCACUCCUGUGCGAGGUAGACCCGCACUAUCUCAACAAUAUCCUCCUCAGACCGACGUGCGAUGCAGUCCGUAUCUCGACAUGGCCAUUUCUUAAGACCCAGCGGCUGUCUGUGAGAGAGAGAUCCACGAUGUCUGAACUUUUUAUGGAGUGUGUUGAGGAGGAGCUGGAGCCAUGGCAGAAACAAGUUCCUGAGGUUCAAUUGAUAGAUGAUGAUGAUGACGACGACGACGAACCUAUCUUCGUUGGAGUGCUCUCUAGUAAGCAGAAGGAUGGUAAGCCUAACCGUCCUCCACCUCCUCAGAGGAACAGUGCAGCAAAACAAGAAAUACAGCAUCCUGCUCCUAAGCCUGUCAUUGGCUCCUCUCAAAUGCUGCCGUUGUGUCUGGCUGGAAAGGCAAUGAACAAUACAGCCAAUCUGACAACAGUGACCCCACAGCCUGUUAUCGUCAAUAACCAGGGCUUUAUUGUCACUUCUCCACAAUUAGCAAACAGCAGUGAGUUUAUUGCCUCUCUUGGGAGCCACUACCCUCCCGGGACUUCAUUUACAAUCGUACCAGCUGCUCAGCAGCAUCUUUUUCAGCAGGUCACGUCAGGCUUAGUAAUGCCUGGUGCUGUCCACAGGCCUCAGGUGCAACAAAUCAGCAACAAUAUUGUGACGUUGUCUAACGUGCUGACUCCUGCCGUCUAUUCAGCUCAAUCCCACCAGAUACAACUCAACCGCUCCCUCUCACAAUCUUUUCAGACCUUUUCUAUGCCUGUAAAGGCCGCGAACAAUAACAGAGAUCAAAGCUCAGUCAAACGAGUAUUGGCACCGCAGCAAACGGACAGCGCGGCAAAAAGAGCCAAGGUUGAUUUAGGGACGAAAAAAGCAAUGCUUCCAGUGGAAAACGGCAUCUUCAAGAAAAAGUGCCAAAGGUGUCAAGAAGAAUUCCUCACACAAGAGGCCCUGAAAUUUCAUAUGGGGAGCUGCUGUGCCAUUGUGGAAAGCGCAGCUCAAUCAGUGCUGAAUAUUGGUGGAAACAAGCGCAUCAUGCUGGUCUCAGAGUUCUACUACGGACGCUUUGAGGGAGAUGGGAACAAAAAGGACACGCAGAAGCCCAACGCCACUUUCAAGUGCCAGAGCUGUUUAAAAGUUCUCAAGAACAACAUCAGGUUCAUGAACCACAUGAAGCACCACCUGGAGCUGGAGAAGCAGAACAGCGAGAGCUGGGAAAGCCACACAACCUGCCAGCAUUGCUAUCGACAGUACAUGACUCCAUUCCAGCUGCAGUGCCACAUCGAAAGCGCUCACAGCCCGAUUGAAUCCUCAACCAAUUGCAAGAUAUGUGAGCUGGCGUUUGAGUCGGAGCAAGUUCUCCUAGAACACAUGAAGGACAACCACAAGCCCGGCGAAAUGCCCUACGUCUGCCAGGUCUGCAAUUACAGAUCCUCUUUCUUCUCAGAAGUGGAGACACAUUUCCGAAGUGUCCACGAAAACACAAAAGACCUGCUCUGUCCCUUCUGUCUCAAAGUGCUUCGAAGUAGUCAUAUAUACAUGCAACACUACAUGAAACAUCAGAAAAAAGGGAUCCAUCGCUGUGGAAAAUGCAGACUGAAUUUUCUCACCUACAAGGAAAGAGUGGAGCACAGGACUCACUUCCACAAGACUUUCAGAAAACCUAGAGCCCUGGAAGGCCUUCCUCCGGGAACAAAGGUGACCAUUCGAGCCUCCCUGGCAGCAAAGACUCCCACAUUGCAGACCUCCCCCGAUCGAUCUGGCUUCAUUGUCGGUCCAGAAAGUUUCAAUCAGCAAACCAAACCUCCAACCGGUGUUUCAAAGUGUAAAUCAAACAGCUCCGGAGCAGGAAAAGCCAAGACGACUCUGAUCAAGAAGCAAGAUGGCCGGACUACCAGGCACAAUCUGGCACUCAGGAAUCUCAGAGUCAAUGGAGGCUCGUUCACGUGCAUCGAGUGCAACACACAAGUCGACGACUUCUUUUCUCAUUUCCCAAUGUUUUCAAAUUGCGGUGCGUGCAAAUAUCGGACAAGUUGCAAAGUCGCCAUUGGGAAUCAUAUGAUCAGAUUCCAUAGUACCAUAACCAAAAACAGAUUUUUGAAAAUGGAUCAUAAGAAAAGCCUCGCUGCAUUAAAACUAACCCUGGUCUGUCUCAACUGCGACCUCCUCGUGGACGCGUCAGGUGGUGACCUGAUGACCAAACAUUUAACCGAUAGACCAAAUCACAUAUGCAAAGUCAUUCAGGAGAAAGCAGAUAUCAAAGCCAAAGAUCAAGUGCAACUCGUCUUGAGCCAGCCUGCUAAAGUCUUCUACGUCUUAACGCCGGUGCCUGCUCAAAGACUAUAGGAGAAGGAAAGUGUCACAUCUGGAAGUUUCACUGUUGACCAACCAGAGUCACAGCCGAUGUUGCCAGAAGCUGAUCAGGAAAAGGGUCCCGCAGGAAUAACUGUUACUGAAGUUUCCUCUGAAGGACACUCGAAGCAGUCGUCGCUGCCUUCCUGUACAUCAGAUGGAGUUUGAGAUCUGUGUGACGAGUCGGUGGGUAACUCUGAGAGGCUGGAUGUCAGAGAGCAGGUCCCUGAGAACGAGACGGGGGAACAACAAACCUAAUCGCAAUGAACCAGUAAACAAUGCUCCUGACACGGAGAUGAUUUAAGAAUAACCGCUUCGUCAGUUGGCAUCGUUUCUUUUACAAAAAUCAAACAUGAUAAUGCUGGUAUUUGUUACUGAUCCCCUCAAGAGUCGUGUGUUUGGCAAGUCGAUUUCAACAGGUUUUUUUUUUUUUUUUCCCUCUUCUGCACAACUUCCAUUACCGAACUAUAUGUAGUGUCCUUGUAUUGAUGAACAGAAAUACAUCCACUACCGUCUUCUUAGUUGCCCUAUAAACUACAGAGUUAAAUAAUUAGUAUAGUCGUACUUUUAAACAUCAGAAAUUAAACUUAAAUGAUUUUGGCCCAUUUUGUAGUUCUUAAAAGUUUCAAAACCUGAUUGAUGUCCUGAAGGAAACCCAUCUGUCAUGAAGAGGACGGUGUUCUGCUCCUCGGGGUUUUUGAUCUGCUUAACUGAGAAAGAGGAACACUUGACUGUUGACUCACUCAGUGGUACAGAAUAUACAGGCUCACUUUCUCUACGGUGAUUUAUUGAUGCAUUUUAAAUUCUCAAUGCAGUCCUCUUAAAAGUACAAAUACUGAAAUAAUGUGAUGUUGCCUCUUAUUCCAAUUUGUUUAAGCAGUUUGAGUCCCGGUUCCAUCUGAGGUUUGUUUUGCUGUAAUCUUGAUUUGUUUUAGCUUGUUUGGGCUUUUGAGACAUUUUACUUUCCCUUAAUCUGUGGUUAGUUGUCAUUGAAUAACGUUUUAAUUAUUUUAUGAGAAGUAAUCUCUAAAACGCUCCCAGUAAAUGUAACUUGAGGUUGUUCUGACAAGAACAUACAAUAUCACUGAAUUGUUUUACAUUGUUUACAGAAAAGUCUGGGUUUAUGGCAGAAGUAUUGGUCCAUAAUUGAUGUGGUACAAGUACAUUAUGUUGUCACCAGCUGGUUUCACUAGAGUAACAUGUAUCUCAACACUCAGAAAGUUGCUUUAACUAUCACAAAUGAUAUAGUACAUGUAUAGAUAAUGUAAGCAUCCGAUUUUGUUCUCUGGGAAAAGAGUGUCCGAUUUGUGAAAUGUGGAUAAAACAAAAGUAAAAAUGGUAAAGUAAUGAAUAUUAGGUGAAAUAUACCACAACUAUUUGAGGAGUGAGCAGAAUAAUAUGUGUAUUCCAUUGUGUUCUCAACUAUAUUUCAUUGUCUUCCUUCUGACUGUUGAAAGUGCAAGCUUGUAAAAUAAAUGUAAACGCAUAACAUUUGGCGGAGGUACUCAGCGCCACACUUCAACUUGAUCAAAAUCUGUCAGCCAAUUUUUACGCCGCAGCUGCUGGUUGAUGAGGUUUCCUUUUAUUUUGCAUAUACGUUUAAACAAAAUGUCGAAUUCCCUGUAUCUCUGGGAAUACUUUAUACAAUAUGAUUUGUUUACUUUUCUGACUUAAUCUCUCAGAAUUCAUUGUUAAUUCCAUAGGUUCUUAAGGGUUUUCACUUGUGUAGUAUAUAGAGCCAGUCUGUAAAUGCAUCUGUCUAUGAGGACCCUGUAAAUGUAACGCCGAGUCUGUUUUGAAUACAUGCCUCUGAAGAUAUUGUGUUCUCCGUAGGACACAUAUUCCUCAGAUCUAUAAAGUACUGGGUUUGGCUCUGUGUUUUCCUGUCUGUUGUGUAAAUAAAUCUUUAAUAGAA